UAGAAUUUGUCCCGUCACCAAUUCCAUAGAUCUACAAAUAAGAAGGUGAUUGGGAGCAGUGGAGCAGUGAGGCAGUUCCCAGAGUUGAUGCGGCGUUCAGAUUUGCUUCUCUUCCGACAUAGCCGCCAUCACUGAAUUUCUCCAGUGAUUCUUUCUUCUUCUUUUUUUGAUUUUUCCCACCCCACAAUUCUAGUGGUUCUUUUCUUCUUCUUGGAUUCCCCUUCACCACCACCCUCCUUAACCCGACUAAACAAAGUCAAAUCUAAAUGUUGAAAAAUGUAUCAAUGGCUUAUUUGAUUGUGAGAAUAGGGUAUGGAACAGCCAGCGGCUUCACCAAUAAACUUCACCAGAAAUAGCGAUUUGACCAUUGGUGAAUAUCUGAUGAAGAUCUAGGAUGAAGAUCUGAUCGAGGUGAUGAUCUGAGGACGAAGAUCUAAAGAUCUGACGAAGGUGAGGAUAUGAAGACAUGAUGAGCUGCGAUUUCAUCGGCGAACUUCAUCCCGGGGUGAAAAUCUGAGAACGAAGAUCUAAUUGAGGUGCUUGUGGGAGCUAUGAUGAUGAAGAUCUGAAACAUGAAGCUCUAGGAUGCUUGUGGGUUGGAUUGAAGGGCCGAAAGGACAGGCAAGAAAAGGUGGAGGCAGGGGCAUUAUAGGAAAGUCAAUGCAUAUUUCAACUUUUCUUAAACUGCGUGCCCGGUCAAAGCGGGAAGAUUAAUAAUGGACGGAGGGAGUAUAUAAAGUAGGAUUUUUUGGCUGUGGUGUUGACACAUGGCAGAUGACGUGGCUUCACUCUUGCUAAGUUGGACUGCCAGCAAUCAUGUUAGAAUUAAUUGAACAAGACUUUGCACAUUCCCUAAUUGCAAUUCCCUAAUUGCAGCCGGUUCUUUUAUCAAUUCUGCGUUUCUUUUCCCAAUUCUCUCUUGCGUCCGUUCAUCCUCAAUUUGUCGCUGGUUCGGAGAAGAGACGUAACAGGGCCUCCGCGCUGUCACCACCACUAACCGGCGACAUGUCUUCUCAGACCAGGGCCGCCCCGCCUUCAAUGUUAGAUAUGCCUUCAAUGUUAGAUAUGCUCACAAGGAGAAAAGGGGCAACGAUGAAAUGAUGAACACCAAACGGCUUUUAGGUAUCAUCUCAAAAUCUCAAAAUAUACCCCUUAUAUUAACUUAGUCUUUCAAUAUUUUUCAAACAGACCUACAAUUAAAUAUACUUUCUCAGAUUUCUUCCCUCUCCCACCCUCAAGGCCUCAAUUCUAUUUUUUUCCAAUAUGGCACAUCCACAUUUUUGGCAAAUCUAGCAUAUGUGAAAAUGUGACUGCUUCGUUAUUGAGAGCUUGAGGUGCUUCCAUCUUCAGUCAUCACUUUGGUCUCCUUUGCAUAGUUGUAAUGUUUCCAUUUUUUAACUUCAAAUUUUAGUAAUUAAUCCAAAUUCAAUUUAUUGACUAUUGAAUAAUUUGUUUGAUGACUAUUUUUUAUUUUUUUCAGAAUUUAAAUGGACUUGGUAGACCCCUUUCACAUAUUUAAGUUCCAGUUUAUUUCUUAAGUUUAUCAUUUUGUUCUUGAACGCUUUGAUUUAAAAUGAGUAAUAGAAUUAGAAAGUUUAAACAAAUUUCAAAAAGGGGCUCUUGAUAAGUUUGUUAUAAAAUAUUUACUUUUUUCAUAAAUGAGAAUCAAACUCUUGAAGCUAUGAAAAUUGAGUGUUGAUAUUAUUGAUGUUUCAUUUGAUAUUAAUGAAACAAUUGAAAUUGAGAACUUUGAUAAUAUUGAUGUUGGUUAGGUAUUUCUUUUAUUUUGUUAUUUUUUUUAAUUAUAAGGUAUCUAUAGCUUCCUGUUGGUCAAUCUUCUUGCAAUUAACGUCCAUAGGGAGAUUUUUUGCAGUUUAUAUGUUAGAGAUGUGCUUUGUAAGUUCUUAACUGUGUCUUCUCAUCUAUUAUGUGUUGUAUUUUUCUUUAAUGAUUUUGUUGAUUAUAACUAGAAGGCCCAUGGGAGAAGAGACGGCCAUGCGUCAAAGGAGCUAAUCAUGAUGGUGCUAUGGUUUAAAAUACAUAAAAAGUAUUAUUUCUCUUUUGAAUUGUCACUAAUUAGGGUUACUCGAGGAAGCAGACGACCAUGGCAAAAGGGGAAUAUCAUAUUCGUGGGAGACCUUGGCAGCAAAGGAGGUAAUCCUUCUAAAUGAUGGUUCAAUGGUUUGACUAUAUAAAAAUGUAUCAAAUCUCUACUAAAUGGCCACUAAGGGGAACACCAAAUAAUGGUGUUUUUAAUCAACAAAAAGAUGAAUACAAAAUCUAAAAUUGAAAUCAGAUGCAUGUAUUUACCUCCUCAUUGUUAGUUUGUCUAUAUAAAAAGUAUCAAUUCUCUGCAUGAAUUUACAGAGCGGUUUAAUUGUUGUUACGACAUGUGCCAUCCUACGUGGCGUUCCA